UUUUCUUUUGUUUUGACUUAAGGGCUGAUAUUUUGCUUUCGAUUAGAAAACGCCAAUAUUUCAAUUAAUCAACAUAAAGUAAAUAAAUAGAUGAACAACUAAUUUCAAGUAAACUCAUUAUCAACUGAGUAAUGCAAAUGUUUCGAAUCUACAUAUAAAGUGAAAUCAAUGAAGAUGUCAACCUUUUAUGGGCAAUACAAGCACAUGGAAUCCGAUUUUGACGUGUGGGAAAAAUCUACAUGUUGUUCCCUCUGAAUUAAGCCCAAGCAUCCGGCGGCGAAUUCCACCAUCGCGCACCGAAACAUGAGCUUACCAGUUGCUGGCUGUUGUCCCAGGCCCUCAAGCUCGUCAUAAAACAUGACAACGAAAUGCUUACUUGCCCAUCUGAUGCGAAUAUUUAUUUUGCGCCAUAUCAACAAUUUAUCGCGAAUGCUAAUGCUCGCAAUUUUGCCGAAAGCACCGCACAGUAAUCAAAUCCCUUUCAUUCAAAUUUGGUUGGUCAUUGCGCGUAGUUGAAAGCCGGAGCGGCCUGCUCUGCCAUGUUGCCGGAAGUUUUGCAGUGUCGGACCGGUAUCCGUUUACAUUCGAAAUCCCGAGGCGUACUGUAUUUUGACGAGAGAAAAAUAUGUGAUAUCCAUUCAGUGAAUUAUUGUGCACAUCAUUCGGUUUAAUUUUACCCGAACAGGCUUUUGCAGCGCAAAAUAAUAAACUUUUCUUUCGUUCAUUUUGACAGGAUUCCACGCGGUUGGGUUGCGGUGCAGGAUUGGCAAUUUCGACAAAUAAAAUUUACCACAUAUUUCGUGCUAUUUUACCAUAUUGAAGCUUUCCGCAAUUUAUGUCAAUAAUAUUUUACUUCUGCUCUCUCCCCCAGCAAGGGAAGUGCAACUUCAACCAAAAUUUCGCUAUUGCCAACAUCAGCGAAUGGGCCAUCAUGCCGAAGAAUGAGGAUGCACUGGCCUUCACCUUGUGGAAAAUAGGUCCAAUCGCCGUCAGCCUGAAUGCAGCACCGAAAUCGUUUCAAUUGUACAAGACCGGAAUUUAUGAUGACGCCGUAUCCUGUGACAACUCGAAGGUGAACCAUGCCAUGCUGCUGGUAGGGUACACUCCAACCUAUUGGAUCCUGAAAAACUGGUGGGGAAGCUGGGGUGAAGGAGGUUUCAUGAAGCUGGCUCGGGGCAAAAACAUGUGCGGCAUCAGUAAUUUUGCGGCUUACGUCACAAUCAAGUAAUUAACAUGCAAUCGACAACAAUGUUGCUCGCUUCAUGAAUGUUUGUGUGGUUCGCAUGAAUCUGUAGAUUAUGAUAUCUCUGCCAUUAUUUUACACUACCUGUCAAGUUAAGCCCCGAUCGAAUGUCAAACCGCAUGUCGGCUGCCUUAAACACGCCGCCUGUAAAUCCCUUAAAAUAAUCUCGUUUCACUUAGCAGCAAUUAAAGGUUGCCUGAAUGCCGAGAAAUUAAGUUGACGUUACCUACAACGAGGCGAUCAAAGCUCAAAAAUCCACCCUCCCGUACAACAGUGCUUACCCCAUAAUCAAGCUCUCAUGCCAUUUACUCAGCUCUCCGCCGAUAGUGAGUGACAUGUCCAUUUCGAAACGUACAAUCCUGCCAGAACCGAAAGUUAUCAAUUAAAAUCUUAUCCAUCAUUUGUAUGAAUUCGCGGCGGCCCGCAGCAGAGCUGUAUGUGCUCUGCUGACAUUUCGAAGUGGCUUUUUGAUGUAUCGAACCUUAACCAUGCGCGGAAGGGUGGUUAUAGGGACUGAACCCCCCAGAAGCGAAAAAAAAAGCUAGUUAUUAAAUUUCAGCAGGUGAGAUCUUAGGUCUGAAAUUGGCAACAAAUGUUAGAUCAGAGAAAAUUAGAAAAAAGCACAACACUAAAAUCAAGAGUAAUUUAUCGGAAACUAAAGAUCGUAAAAUGCGAAGAGG